CUGUAAUCACGCAAAACUGUCUUCUGGAAUGCGCCAGCAUUUAAUGGGUUAAACCGGCAGCCGUAAGUAUACGUCACUGUUACGUUUUCUUUGUACACGGAAGAAACCGGAGAAAUCAGCGGAGGACAAGAAGGAGAGCGUCUCAGUGCCUCUCCUCCAUCCAUGGUUGGUCCUAAGCAAUGCUCCAGAGAAAAUGGGACAAGCUUUGUGUAUCUGCUCGCGCAGUGUCAUCACAAUUGACAACAAGAGAUACUUCUUCCUCCAGAAACUAGAAGAAGGAGGUUUCAGCUAUGUUGACCUGGUCGAGGGUGCACAUGAUGGACGCUUCUAUGCUCUAAAGCGAAUCCUUUGCCAUGACCGCGAGGCCCGUAAGGAGGCUCAGACCGAGGUGGAGAUGCACCGCCUCUUCAACCACCCCAACAUCCUCAGCCUGACCUCACACACCUUCAUGGAGCGUGGCGGAAAGUGCGAAGCCUGGCUGUUGCUCCCGUACAUCAGUAAGGGAAGUCUGUGGUCUGUUCUUGAGAAGCUGCGAGAUAAGGGGAGCUCUAUGCCUGAGAGUCGCAUCUUGCACAUUCUUCAUGGCAUCUGUGAAGGCCUCAAAGCAAUUCAUGACAAAGACUAUGCACACAGGGAUUUGAAACCCACCAACGUUUUACUGGAUGAGAACGAUCAGCCUUUUUUAAUGGAUUUGGGCUCCAUGAACAAGGCCAGGAUUGAAGUUCGAGGGUCACGGGAGGCCAUGACAGUCCAGGAUUGGGCUGCUCAGAGGUGCACCAUCUCCUACAGAGCACCAGAGCUAUUUAAUGUGGAGAGCCACUGUAUCAUUGAUGAGAGAACAGAUAUUUGGUCUCUAGGUUGUGUACUAUACUGUAUGAUGAUGUUGGAAGGACCGUAUGACUUGAUAUUUCAGAAGGGUGACAGCGUGGCUCUCGCCGUCCAGAAUCCAGUCUCCAUUCCACAGCCGUGCAGUUAUUCUCAAGGUCUUCAAACCCUUCUCAGCUCCACUAUGGUGACCAAUCCUCAGGAAAGGCCCAGAAUCAGCUGGGUGCUUGACCAGGUCCAGAACCUUCGAGGCUCAGACGGUACAGAUGUAGAUACCAACAGAGUAUGAUGCUACCACUGAGAUUUCAUGCUUGUUUUCCAGUGGACUCCAGACUUUUUGGACUAUGCACUCUCUCUUUCGGACAAAAAUCACAAGCCUUGCAAACAUUUGCUCUCUCUUACCUCAGUGAGCUCAGCAUGCCUUAGUUACACACACAAAUUUGUUGGUGAAUCUCACAUUUUUACCCCAAAAUCUGUUUUGAGCAAUGAAAUUAUCUGAUGAUUUUGGGAUAAAAUAUGAGUUGGGCAUGUUCCUGAUUUAUGCCACGCAAACCACACGAGAGGGCAAAACCUCUGUUCACCACAAUGGCACCUGUUACGUAUCAUCAAACUGGAUGUUUUCUGAUUGUAAUUUGGCUUCUCUGUCUUUUUCCACAUUUCUUAGCUUGUACAUUCUUAGGAACCAAAAAAAUAUUUAUGACAGUUUCAACUGAGUGCUGCAGGGAUGAUGUCAAAACCUAAAAAGACUAAUUCGCCAGUGAUUCCCUCGGGAUGAGUAAAAUAAGCUCUGUGGUAAACAUAACAUGACGAUACUUGGACAUUUUGCUCAAUGUAAAUUGCAUACACCCCAUAUCGAAAACGUACAGAGCCCCGCACAUGAUAUGCAGGGGGGAAAAAAAGUAAAUUGUGUGCACGAUUUAAAGACCAAUUUGCUAAAUUGUGUGCACGAUUUACUAUUUCGUUCCCUGGAUUUGAAAUCAUGCACACGAUUUACUAUUUCAUUCCCUGGAUUCGCUAAAUCGUGCACACGCUUUACUAUUUUGUUCCCUUAAUUUGCUAAAUCGUGCGCAUGGUUUACUAUUUCGUUCCCUCUAUUUUCUAAAUUGUGCGCACGAUUUACUAAUUUGUUCCCUCGAUUUGCUAAAUCGCGCCCAAAAUUUACUAAUUCGUUCCCUCGAUUUGCUAAAUCGCGCCCACGAUUUACUAAUUCAUUCCCUCUAUUUAUAAAUCGUGCGCACGAUUUAACCUAAUUUUUUUUUCCCUGCAUGGCAUGUGCGGGGCUCCAUAAAAACGCAAAUUUUGAAGCUGUUAUGUUUAUUUUAAAAAAUGUUUUUAAUAUGUAACUAGAUAAGAAUGUUUGGGAUGGGAGUGUGUGCAUGUUUACGUUGUAGAACAAAACGUCCAAGUAUUGUCAAGUUAUGUUUACCACAGACUUUAUUUUACUCAUAAAUUGAAAAACCCAUAGGAAAAUCUCGAGGGAAUCACUGGCGAAUUAGUCUUCCGGGUUUUGACGUCAUCCCUGAACAACUCUAUCGACAUUUUAGCUGUUUGAAAUGUAAUUGACAUUAGUUUGUUUAUUUAAACAACAGUUCUCCUGGUAAAGCAAGACAUCCGAGGCUUUUUAUGAGCAGAGAUUUAGAGACUUUGUGUUGUAAAGGUUCAAAGAUAAAACUGCAAUUGGUCUUUAAAUCAAGAACGGAUUUCUGUCUCAGUCGUUUGUAAAUGCAUUCGUAUGUACGUUGUAGCAUUGAAAAAAUAGUUCUGCUCAUGUAAAAUGAAUGAGUCUGGAAAAAAAUGGCUGAAAAAUUAAAGAGUAAGUUAUUAACUUUAACUCGGUUGGUUAUAGCGCUCAGCUUUUAUUAGCAUGUGAAAGUGGUGUUCUGUGUGAGACUUUGAGAGGAUUCAUAAUGAAUGGUCAUGCCUGUGAAUACUUAAUACUAGUUCACAUUACUUUGCAAGAAUGAUGUGUUCCCUUUUCUCUUUUUAAGUGGUAUAAAUGACUGCAUAAAUAUGAAUUUGUUUUGAUUUAGCAAGAAGUUCCUUUCAUUGCUUACAGUAUUAGGGUGUUCUUUAAAGGGAACUGUGUAAUAAAGGUUGUAAUGCAUUUUAAUUCGGCAAGAAAUGUUUUGCAUUCAGUCAUGUUUUGCAUUCAGUCAUGUUUAUGUUUGAUGAGGCUUGGCUAGUGUGGAUGAAAAAAUAUCCGGGUCAUAUUUUAUCUGCAAUAUAAACAGAAAGAAAUCGGUAAUAAAUUAUAUUUUGCAUUAAAAGAAUUAAAAUGAAGCCUGUUUUUAGGACCAUUACUUUUUUUGUUUUUGGCUUUGUGGCAACUGGACAUGUUAUCAUGAAUCACAUGCUGUUUCAUAAUUCAUGACUAAAUUAACUGAAGCAUUCCAUAUACUAUAUAAUGAAGUCGGAAUUUUAUCUGUGAACAAGGACCUAAAUGUGUGUGUGUGUGUGUGUGUGUGUUUGUUUUGUUUUGUUUUUUUUAAAUAACAUUAAUAAUUUUCUGAUUAUUUCAGAGAAAUUACCUUAAUAUUCAGAUUCACUGCAGAUUUCUUUGUGGUGGCUCCUCGUUUUCACUAGAAGUUUGUUGUUUAAAAAGGACAUUUUAACUUGUCCAGGUUUGUUUCUGUUCAGGAACACUUAAUUAUGCAAGCCUCUUAAUUUAUGGGAUAUAAGACUGGAGACAUGUCUCUUGGCAUUCAUUAAAUGUCAUUUGUUUUCUUUCCUUUUAUAAAUGGUGAAUAAAGUGUGAUUUAAAGAGCGA